CUAAUUUUUUAUUUUGUUAAAACAGGUAUAAGAAUGGAUAGUGACUCGCAUCAAGUAUCAUCGAGUGCGUCAACGACAAGAGCUGAAAAAUUGGAAUGGAUAAAAAAGCGUCUCCAAGAAAAAUAUGGUUGUCCUGACAAUUCAGAACCCUGUUUUCCUGAAAACCCCACUAGACCCUCAAACUCGGAGGCCAACGUUGAAAUUGAAGAGUCGGACUACAGACUUGGAAAUAAGCUAUGGUGUACUUGUAACAAUUGUGAACCAAUGCCAACGCCAGUCGAAUCAAUAUGCUGCCAAGAAGUCUCAAAUAUUGAACCUUAUUUAGAAGAAAUGGGAUGUAUAAUCGAACAUGACUACUUUCAUCAAUUCUGUCAAGAUCGAGGAAAAGUGGAGGUGUCGAUGAGGUCAAUAGGUCAAGUGUUGCAUCCACCCCCGGACAAAGAUUUGAACAGGCUACUCAGAAAAACAGCUUAUCGUGGGUUCACAGCUUGGAUACAUGGCUAUCUUGGCGUGGCCAAAAGAAGACCAAUUCCUUCUUGUGCUGUUUCCGUCAUAAGAAAAGUUUUCCCUGACCCAGAGCAGGAUUAUUGUGGGUUUCUGAUGUUUAGAGAAGAGCCAGCGGAGUAUCUUGCCAUGGAGUAGAUAAAGGGCAUCUGUCAUCAUAAUUGAACCUAUUACAGUGGCUGACCUGUUACGUGUGCACUUGUUCAAUGAAUCCAUAUAUACUCGUUCCUUG